CUCACUCUCUCUAUAUUGCUUUCAACUUUGUAACCAAUCACAGUGAGACCCAUCCACAACAUCAGGGAUAGGACACCAUGAGCCAUGAAUUUAGUGACAUGUUUGACUAUGAGUGUUCUGUCGGAAUGAUCACCCAGUGUGUCCCUGAACAAGGAGAGGCGGAGAGACCGAGAAAGGGCAAAGGUGGCGAAGGUGCGAUGAUGAGGAAAAGAAAGCUGAGCGAGGAGCAGCAGAGUAUGCUGGAGCGGAGCUUCGGCAACGAGCAUAAGCUGGAGACCGAGAGGAAGGACCGGCUUGCAGCGGAGCUGGGCUUGGACCCGCGCCAGGUGGCGGUGUGGUUCCAGAACCGCCGUGCUCGCUGGAAGAUUAAGAAGCUCGAGGAGGAGUUCUUCAAGCUCAAAUCCGACUACCAGUCCACUGUUGUUGAGAAAUGCCACCUUCAGACCGAGGUGUUAAAAAUGAAGGAACAACUGAGUGGAGCGGAAAAAGAGAUACAAAGACUGUCGGAGCGGGUGAGGGCCAACAGUCCAACUUCAUCUCUGUCUGAAUUUGGAAUCGAGAACGUGUUUUGGGUGCCGGAUACGGUUACCAAUUACGCACACGCUUUUCAAUGGGAUGAUCGUGUUUAUUACAUUGCUUAAUUAAGGUCUCAAUGUGGAUUGAAUGUAGAUACUAGAUAGGCACAACUUAAUUUAUGUAAAUUAAUCCUUUUCUUAAA